GAAACACAUUCGUUCUGAUUCAUUUUUUCUGCAAUGUCUACUACCAUCACUGCUACUACUUCGCAAACUGGUUACCGUCUUGGCGGUGAAGAGUUCACGCCGGCUUUCAAGUACGAUGACUUUAAUGGUUACACGUUCAAGCCUAUCCGUGAAGCUGAAGUCAACCGCGAAAUGGUGAGCCGCUACAUGACUGAUAUGCUCGACUAUGCCGAAACCGAUGUCGUUGUCGUCGGCUGUGGAAGCGCCGGCUUGUCCUGCGCCUGGGAAUUGUCCAAGGAUCCCAGCAUCAAGGUUGCCAUUAUUGAACAGAAUGUGUCUCCCGGUGGUGGCUGCUGGCUCGGUGGUCAGCUUUUCUCGGCCAUGAUUGUGCGCAAGCCCGCUGACAAGUUCCUCGAUGAUGUUGGUGUGCCAUACGAAGAAAAGGAAAACUACGUUGUUGUCAAGCACGCCGCCUUGUUUACUUCUACUAUCUUGUCCAAGUUGCUUGCUCGUCCUAAUGUCAAGCUUUUCAAUGCUACUGCCGUUGAGGACUUGAUUGUCAAGAACCGCAGAGUCGCCGGUGUCGUGACCAACUGGGCUUUGGUCACUCUGAAUCACGAUACCCAAUCGUGCAUGGACCCCAACGUUAUUGAAUGCAAGGUGGUUGUCUCUGGUUGCGGCCACGAUGGCCCAUUCGGUGCCUCCGGUGUCAAGCGUCUUGAAUCCAUUGGUUUGAUCAAGGAAAAGAAGGGCAUGCUCUCCUUGGACAUGAACUCGGCUGAAGAUGAUAUCGUGAGAUACACGCGUGAGGUUGUCCCCGGUAUGGUUGUCACUGGCAUGGAACUUGCCGAACUUGAUGGUGCUCCUCGCAUGGGUCCUACUUUUGGUGCCAUGUUGAUCUCUGGUCAAAAGGCUGCGUAUGCUGCUCGUGAAUCGCUUCAGCGACAGCAGAAAGCUGCUCAGGCUGCCGGCAAGGUGGCGGCCUGAAUCAACUCAUCCAAUUCCAUACUACGAGGCUUACAAGGGUAUAUCGCGGCGGUGUCAUAAAGGUACGUGUUGAUUGUAUCGAUCCAUGUUAUCCAGGAUACAGUCGGCACUAGGGGUGCUUGUUCUUUAUGAUCAGGCUGAGAUUAUACCCUUUGAACGUGAUCUGCAUAAUAGCAGCGCACGGAAGUUUGCCAUCAUGUAUGAAUUCAUUCACUUUUUUUCAGCAGCUCUUUUUUUCUUUUCUUUUACUUUCUUCAACACGACAACUUUUUUUUUAAAAAAAUAUAUUUUUUGAUAUUUUUGUAACCAUUUUUCCCCCUAUCCCCCUUGAAAAUAAAAAAAAAUAUGAACGUUACU